AGGAAAGCGUAAACUGCUGAUGGUGAUAUGCUGUGCCGCUUGUCUGCUUCUGUGCUUCGGCGCCCUGGCGACUGUCUUGAGCUUAAAGAAAGCCGGAGAUGCGGGUGAUGACAGCACGGAAUCUGACCAUUACUAUUACCCGGUGUCCGGUGGAGCGUCCAUUCAAUCGACGCCACCUCCUGCAGAUGGAGUAACACCAAGUGUUCCAACGACUGCAAAAGUGACACGAAAGUCUCUGCCGCAUAAACCGUUGCUCUGCAGCUACAAGCUGGAUAUGAAAGCAGAUUACCCUUAUCCUCCUGACGGGCUCUGUGACUUCCUCUUUCACACAUUUGGUGUGUUACCUCAAGGCUUCAACUACAAACAAUAUACGGAUAUUGAUGACGACGACAGAAUCUUAUUUGAUAAAUUCAAGGAGCAGGCCAUGAAGUCCAAGAUAACUAGUUUUGGCAUUGACAUAUACGAUCACUUUGAAAACGCUACUAUUAUUACAUUAAACACAGAUGAAGGCAAAGCUGCACUGAGAGAACUUUGGGACUACAAAAUAGUGCAUUACGCUGUUCUGGAUUACAUUGUUUACGCUGCUGGCGCUCACUUCGCUAUGAAGAUCUCCAUGCUAGCAAAGAUAUUGAUGGGCCUGCGAGACGAGUACAGGAGCCUUCAUGAGACUGAGAACAGCUUUUUUUUCCUCGGCAUUGGAUCAAUAUCCGAAAACACACAUAAAGAACAGGCGGAAGUUCUGAAAUAUGCAAUGAGCCAUAUGCUGCCGGACGCUGUGCUAUACAGGGCCACUCGGACAGACUACAUGGCCUACCACUCGUGUACUUUUUCUCCGCCAACGCAGUGGUCUGCAGCUAGCACAACGACACAGAUGUCAUAUGAUGGAGCGUUCAAGACGCGCAGUUUGAGCACCUGGCCCUCCAGUGUUGCACAAAUGAUGUCUUUCUCGCCGGCAAUUGCCUACAUGAGCUCUGAGGACAAUUUUGGGUUUAAUAAAGAUUGCGAUACUUAUUACCUCAAGCCAGCUAGCUUCAGAUGUAGUCCGGACAACAAUGCAAUCAAUGGUUCUCUUCAGAAGUCACCCGACGGAAUGGAUGUCUACUGCCUAUACACCUAUUAUGACGAGGAUGACGAGGAUGAGCAUGAUCCGUUAUACUCAUUUGCUGGAUAUGAUACACCGGAGUCCAUGAAGAGAAAGAUGUGCAAGACCGUCGUGGAGCACAAGUUCACUGGCGGAUGGACUAUGUUACACAUGGAAUACUCCAUCGUAGACGGGAAAGGCUGUAACGACACGGGGUACGAAGGAAACUACCAGAUGGUGCAAGUGUUACGUGACCUUAUGAAGAUCAACUUUACCGCCAAUGACUGUCCCUGAAGAAUAUGCAGAAUAUGUCAUGAUAACUGAGUGAAAUGUGUGCGGAAUGAUUGUAUAUU